AUGAGAGAGAGGAGAGCUGAGAAUGACUCCAAGGGAUUUGGCCUGAGCCACAGGAAAGAUCGAGUUGUCAUUUAUGACCUGAGGAAGACUGUGUGGGGAGUCGGUGUAGAGCAGAUGGGGCUCUCGAUCUUUGCCCUGCUGACCCUUACUGUGUUCCUGCUGCUCCUGGCAGACAAAGUGCCUGAGACCUCCCUGUCUGUCCCCGUCAUUAUCAAAUACCUCAUGUUUACCACGGUCCUCGUCACCUUCUCAGUCGUCCUUAACAUCGUAGUCCUCAACCUGCACCAUCGCUCACCCCACACCCACCAAAUGCCCCUUUGGGUCCGUCAGAUCUUUAUCCACAAACUCCCUCCGUAUCUGGGUCUGAAGAGACCCAAACCUGAGAGAGACCAGAUACCGGAGCCACCUCCUAUACCUCUCAGGGAUUCUCCAAGAAGUGGCUGGGGUCGGGGAACAGAUGAAUAUUUCAUCCUCAAGCCACCACAUGAUUUUCUCUUCCCCAAACCCAACAGACUCGCCUCUUCCACGUUCCAGCCUGAACUGUCUGCCCCGGACCUGCGGCCAUUUAUCGAUGGUCCAAGCCGGGCUGUGUGCCUGCCUCCCGACCUACGGGAGGUCGUUUCUUCAAUCAGCUACGCCGCUCAACAGCUGCGGGAACAAGAGGACCACGAAGCUUUGAAGGAGGACUGGCAGUUUGUGGCCAUGGUGGUGGACCGCCUCUUCCUGUGGACCCUCGUCAUCUUUCUGGAUGCCACGUACCACUUGCCCACUCCCGACCCCUUUCUUUGA